AUGGCUUCUAUUACUACUUUCAAGACGGCUUCGGGCAAGGAAUAUACGCGCUCUGAUUUCUGGUUCGCAGAUGGCAACAUCGUCCUCGUCGUUCGCCACGCAAUAUUCAAGGUACAUCGCGGUCAGCUCGAGCGUCACUCUGACAUAUUUCGUGAUCUCUUCUCAAUACCCCAGCCCGAAGAGCAAGAUAUGAUCGACGGAUGUCCUUGGAUAGAAUUGCACGAUACCCCCUCAGACGUACUGUAUCUAUUGACUGCGCUAUAUGACGGAUUGUACUUCGCUAAAUCCAAUGCUCUCACGUUUCCUGCUCUCGCUGGCGUUCUCCGCCUCUCCAACAAAUACCUCAUUGAUCAUCUUCGUCGCCGCUGUCUCAUUCGACUUCGCACAGACUGGCCCGCCACUUUGGCCGGCUGGGACGUUAGGGAGAAACAAGCAACCGACCCUGCAGGACGUUAUAUCCCCCGUGACAGCUUCCCUCAUCCCAUUCUUGUCAUCCAACUAGCUCAAGAACUCAACCUCAGCGACCUUAUCCCCGCUGCUCUGUAUGACUUAUCUCGUUAUGGACCACGCAAAAUCGUUGCGGGUGCCGUGCCCCCCACGUCCCUUCUUCCGGCGGUCUUUGCCGACCCGUCAGAAGCCAAGUCUGAGGAAGAAAAUGGUCGUGUAGUACUUCCGCGUCAAGAGCUAUAUACCGUUCUCUCCGGGCGCGAAUCCGGACAGCGCUACCUCGCGACUUUUGUCGAGAAAGAGCUUAGUGCCCGCCCGGUAUCCGCGAACUGCGCUAACAAGGCGAACGAGAAUGGACGCGUUUGCCGCGAGUCGUUCUACUUCAUCAUGCUCAACGUGAUGCGCUCUGUGGGGGGUAUCGCCAGCGGACGCGAUGCUGAUCCUCUCUUCACCCUUGUGCAAGCGGUCGACAUGCUCUCCCGCACCGACUUCUCGGACGGCGUAAAGCAGUGCGGAUUGAAGAUCUGCGCAUCUUGCAAGGCAGACUUUACACAAACUGCGUCGAAAGCCAGGGAGGAUGUCUGGGAGCAGAUCCCGGUUUGGUUUGGGUUGAAGAACUCAGUGACCAUGGUGUCAAAGAGUCUAUGA